CCCCCCCCCGCCGCCGCCGAGGAGUCAGGAAGUUCAAGAUGGCCGCCGCCGAGACCCAGUCGCUGCGGGAACAGCCAGAAAUGGAAGAUGCUGAUAAUUCUGAAAAGAGUGUAAAUGAAGAAAAUGGAGAAGUAUCAGAGGACCAAUCUCAAAAUAAACACAGUCGUCACAAAAAAAAGAAGCAUAAACACAGAAGUAAACAUAAGAAACAUAAACAUUCCUCAGAAGAAGACAAAGAUAAAAAACAUAAACAUAAGCAUAAACAUAAGAAACACAAAAGGAAAGAAGUUAUUGAUGCUUCUGACAAAGAAGGUUUGUCUCCAGCAAAAAGAACUAAACUUGAUGAUUUAGCUUUGCUAGAAGACUUGGAAAAACAGAGAGCCUUGAUUAAAGCUGAACUUGAUAACGAGUUAAUGGAAGGAAAGGUCCAAUCUGGGAUGGGUCUCAUUUUACAAGGUUAUGAGUCUGGCUCUGAAGAGGAGGGGGAGAUUCAUGAAAAAGCAAGAAACGGAAAUAGAUCUAGUACUAGAUCUUCCAGUACGAAGGGAAAACUUGAACUUGUGGACAACAAAAGUAGUACAAAAAAACGAAGUAAAAGCAGAUCCAAAGAACGGACUAGACAUAGGUCUGAUAAAAAGAAAAGCAAGGGAAAUGUUGAAAUAGCUAAAGAGAAAACAACAACUAGGAGCAAGUCAAAGGAGAGAAAAAAAUCUAAAAGUCCAUCCAAAAGAAGUAAGUCUCAAGAUCAAGCAAGAAAAUCAAAAUCCCCUACCCUUAGAAGGCGAUCUCAAGAGAAAAUUGGGAAGGCCAGAUCUCCUAUGGAUGAUAAGGUUAAAAUUGAAGAUAAGAGUAAGUCAAAAGAUAGGAAAAAAUCUCCAAUUGUAAAUGAAAGUAGAAGUCGUGAUCGAGGUAAAAAGUCCAGAUCCCCAGUUGACUUACGAGGUAAAUCCAAAGACAGGAGGUCACGGUCCAAAGAAAGAAAAUCAAAAAGGUCCGAAACUGAUAGAGAAAAGAAACCAAUUAAAUCUCCUUCUAAAGAUGCUUCAUCUGGGAAAGAAAACAGAUCACCCAGUAGAAGACCUGGGCGUAGUCCUAAAAGAAGAAGUCUGUCUCCAAAACAGCGCGAUAAAUCAAGAAGAAGUAGAUCACCACUUUUAAAUGAUAGGCGAUCAAAGCAGAGCAAAUCACCCUCUCGAACACUCUCUCCUGGUAGAAGAGCCAAGAGCCGAUCCUUAGAAAGAAAACGAAGAGAACCAGAAAGGAGACGACUUUCUUCUCCAAGAACACGACCUCGAGAUGAUCUCCUCAGCAGACGUGAAAGAUCAAAAGAUGUCAGCCCCAUAAAUAGAUGGUCUCCAACCCGAAGAAGAAGUAGAUCUCCUAUUAGAAGAAGGUCUCGUUCUCCACUCAGACGUAGCCGGUCGCCAAGAAGAAGAAGUAGGACUCCUCGGAGAAGGGACAGAGGUCGGAGGAGCAGAUCACGCUUAAGGAGGAGAUCUCGGUCCCGUGGUGGUCGUCGACGUAGGAGCAGAAGCAAAGUAAAGGAAGAUAAAUUUAAAGGAAGUCUUUCUGAAGGAAUGAAAGUUGAGCAGGAGUCUUCAUCUGAUGAUAACCUUGAAGACUUUGAUGUAGAGGAAGAAGAUGAAGAAGCCCUGAUAGAACAGAGAAGAAUACAAAGGCAGGCCAUCGUUCAGAAAUACAAAUAUCUUGCUGAAGACAGCAAUAUGUCUGUGCCAUCUGAACCAAGCAGCCCCCAGAGCAGUACGAGAACGCGGUCCCCCUCCCCAGAUGACAUUCUGGAGAGAGUAGCUGCUGACGUUAAAGAGUAUGAGCGGGAAAAUGUGGAUACCUUCGAGGCCUCAGUGAAAGCCAAGCAUAAUCUGAUGACAGUCGAGCAGAGUAAUGGUUCAUCUCAGAAGAAGCUGUUGGCACCUGAUAUGUUUACAGAAUCUGAUGAUAUGUUUGCUGCGUAUUUUGAUAGUGCUCGUCUACGGGCUGCUGGCAUUGGAAAAGAUUUCAAGGAGAAUCCCAACCUCAGAGACAACUGGACUGAUGCAGAGGGCUAUUAUCGCGUGAACAUAGGUGAGGUCCUGGAUAAACGUUACAAUGUGUAUGGCUACACUGGACAAGGUGUGUUCAGCAAUGUUGUGCGGGCCAGAGACAACGCCAGAGCCAACCAAGAAGUGGCUGUAAAGAUCAUCAGGAACAAUGAGCUCAUGCAGAAGACUGGUUUAAAAGAACUCGAGUUCUUGAAAAAACUUAAUGAUGCUGAUCCCGAUGACAAAUUUCAUUGUCUGCGUCUCUUCAGACACUUUUAUCAUAAACAGCAUCUCUGUCUUGUGUUCGAGCCUCUCAGUAUGAAUUUACGAGAGGUGUUAAAAAAAUACGGUAAAGAUGUUGGUCUUCAUAUUAAAGCUGUACGAUCCUACAGUCAGCAAUUGUUCUUGGCAUUGAAACUCCUUAAAAGAUGCAAUAUCCUACAUGCAGAUAUCAAGCCAGACAAUAUCUUGGUUAAUGAAUCAAAAACUAUUUUAAAGCUUUGCGAUUUUGGUUCGGCUUCCCAUGUUGCGGAUAAUGACAUAACACCUUAUCUUGUCAGUAGAUUUUAUCGUGCUCCUGAAAUCAUUAUAGGUAAAAGCUAUGAUUACGGUAUAGAUAUGUGGUCUGUAGGUUGUACUUUAUAUGAACUCUACACUGGAAAAAUUUUGUUUCCUGGUAAAACCAACAACCAUAUGUUGAAGCUCGCUAUGGAUCUCAAAGGAAAGAUGCCAAAUAAGAUGAUUCGGAAAGGUGUAUUUAAAGACCAACAUUUUGAUCAAAAUCUCAACUUCAUGUACAUAGAAGUUGAUAAAGUAACAGAGAGGGAGAAAGUUACUGUCAUGAGCACCAUUAAUCCAACUAAGGACCUAUUGGCUGAUUUGAUUGGGUGCCAGCGACUUCCUGAAGACCAGCGUAAAAAAGUACACCAGCUAAAGGACUUGUUGGACCAGAUCCUAAUGUUGGACCCAGCUAAACGGAUUAGCAUCAACCAGGCCCUGCAGCAUGCCUUCAUUCAGGAGAAAAUUUAAAAAGAGAUGAAGAAACUCCAAGGGUUUGAGUAAUUAAAUACAAAGACUGAAGAAAUUUCACAGCAGUUUAUUAAUGUAUAUAAACUUAUAAAUAUUUCUACAGAAAAUUUGAGGAAGCAUGAUAAUAUUUGCAUUAACACCAAGGGUGAUAUUUCUUUUAGAAAUGUUAGUUAAUCUGUUUUGUGUCUUAUGUGAAAUUUCACUGUAGAACUGUUUUAAUUGCCAAGACUGCACAAAAUUACAGUGCUAAUGUAUAUGGUUACAGUUCACAUAAAAGACAAAAAAGCAUCUGUUAUGAGUAGUAAUACUGGGUGGUUGAUUUGUUUUUAGCAGACUUGGCUUCAUUUUGGUCUUCAGAUAAAAUGGCCAGCAUAAAUGCUGUUUAUAUUCACGUUUUCCUAGGUGUGUGUGUGCAGGCCACAGCAGCAUGCCCUUGGUGUAGUCAGUGCCGAAAGGGGUCUGUUCCUUCUUGAGCCUGCCUGCAGGGAUGGUCUCCUCUUUUAAAGCAGGUUGUGUACAACAUUCAGUACACUGAAGGUAAGCUAAACCAUCAACCUCACUGGUGUUUUCAGAUGUUACUUUAUUGGAACAAUUGACAAAUGAGGGAUAUUAGCUUUGUGGCAGAAUUCCCUGCAUGUGUGAUAACCGAUCUUGUUUUCUUUUUUGGCAUUGCUACUGUGGCAUAGUUACAACUUUUGUUCUGUUCAUCACAUUUACAAUUUAAGGAGUACGCGCUUGAUGGAUAGAGCGCCUUCAGUGUACUGUUUCUUAUUAACUUUAAUUUUUUUAAGAUCAACUUGCUAUAUAGACUUUAUAUACAUUUUGUUAAAUACAGUUCUUAGUGACAUAGAGACAAUGCGUAGUUUUCAUUUACUAAUUACAAAUGUCGAGGCCGAAUUCUGAAAGUCCUCAUAUUUAAAGGAUAGAUAGACAACAUAAUGAAAUUUUUAACUAUUUGUAUGUCAUUUUGAAAGUGUGCUGCUUUAUGGUAAAAGUGUUUUUCAUUUGUUCAUUGUUUUCAUUAUUUGUGAUCAUGUUGUCUUUCAAUACAGGCAUAAACCUUCCACUCUUGAACAAAGCAGCUGCUUUUUAAAAGCGGUAAUUGCUUCUUUACCUUUUAUUUCUUUUGUAAAUGAAGCUUUUCUUUAAGAAUGUGACUUUAAAGUGUUGUCUAUUGCAUAAAACAGUUGACACUCACUUAUUGUAAAGUGAAGAUUGUUCUACUGCAUGUGAAGUGGACCAUGCAGAUUUCUGUAUGUUCUCAGUAUGCAUCACUAGAUAAUAAAGUCUUUUGUGAACAAGGCAUUUGUAGCCAUUUUUAAAAGUUUUUGUCUUCAGUGCUGGUAAGUCAGGUAAAUCAUAAAUAGUUAAAAAGCAAUCUUUCAUUUUUUUUCUGAAAACCUCUAAUUGAAAAUAGUGUCAGUUAAGAAUGUAAAUCUAGCCAAAGCUGAUAAGCUUAUUAAUAAUUAGGAUCCUAAUUAUUUCAUUUUAAGAAAUUCUUUAAGUAUUGUCAGCUUUCAGUGUAGUGAGAUUAUUCCUGUAGGUUAUGGGGUAUAAUUCAGGAUUUAACUAAUGUUUCUGCUAUUUUCUCACUUUUCCUUUUGAUGGUGCGGAAAGAGAAAAAGGAAAACGGGGCACAGGCCAUUCAACGCCUUCUGCAAGGGGUCUGAUUUGCUGAGACACCAGCUUCACCUUCUUAACAAGGUUAUUUCUGACAGCAUGUGUAGAUAUAAACAUUUAG